AUGACCUCGAUUGAUGACCUCUUCCGCAAACCCAAUGCCGCAUCAAAGCGAAAACUCGAGGACCCGACCAAAUCAUUCUCCAAUGCCCUCUCCAACAAAUCCGCUAAAUUGGCCAACGGCUCCUCUCCACGCUCUUCCACGAAUGGCUCCUCUCAAGACGAUUCUACCUCCAACGGUUCAGGGAGCAAGGCUGCUUUUGUGCAGGAUGAAGUCCUAGAUGAUCAAGAUGACCUCGAGGCCGGACCCGCGCGGCCGCCAGAAGACGUGGAAGACGAAGAUGGAGACGAUGAGGAAGGACGCUUCUUCGGCGGUGGGGUCACGAAACAAGAAAGAGAAGUGAUUGACUAUAUCGACAAACGUGAGGCUGGGGAGGUGGAGGAGAAGAUUGAUUCCACGUGGCUGCGCCGUACGGCCAUCAACUUUGAACGGAAAAUCAACAAGAACGCGGAACUGCGAGCCAAAUACGAGAAGGAGCCUAUGAAGUUUGUGAGCAGUGAGGCCGAUCUGGAUGCCGAAAUCAAAGGCUUGAGUCUAUUGAGCGAACAUGGCGACCUGUACGCCGAAUUCGUUAAAAUGGGCUGCGUAGGCAGUUUGGUCGGAUUGCUUGCGCAUGAAAAUACCGAUAUUGCCAUUGCCGUUUGCGAAUUGCUCGCAGAACUGACAGACGAGGACUCGACUACCACCGAAGAACAAUGGAAGACCUUGGUCAAGGCCAUGAUCCAAGGCGACAUCGUGGAUCUUUUGACAAGCAACCUCAGUAGAUUGGACGAGGACAACAAUGAGAGUGAUCGAGCUGGGGUCUAUCACAUCUUGAACGUUGUUGAGAACAUCUUGUCCGACACUGGGAACGUCGAGGUCGUUGGGGCGAAAGAUCCACUGAUGGAAUGGCUUCUCUCAAGAACAAAGAAAGUCGAUCCCUAUGCGAGGGGAAAGGUUGGCCAAAAUCGCCAAUACGCUGCGGAAAUCCUGGCGAUACUUCUCCAGAGCAACAAAAACAACCGAGAUCGUCUAGCACGAAAAGACGGGGUUGACUCUCUUCUCCAACUUCUGAGCGCGUAUCGCAAACGAGAUCCCGAGAAGGACUCAGACGAGGAAGAAUUUGCAGAAAAUCUCUUCGAUUGCUUAGCCUGCCUGGUGGAAGAACGUCUCGCCGGCGAGAAAUUUGUGGAAGGCGAGGGUGUUGAAUUGUGCCUCAUUAUGAUCCGAGAAGGCCGACUGGCGAAAGCACGAGCUCUGCGAGUGCUCGACCAUGCAAUGAGUGGAGGCAAUGCAACAGCCGUCUCGAUGAGGGUAGUGGAUGCUGCCGGGCUCAAGACGAUCUUCGGCAUGCUUAUGAAGUCCCACAAAAUGGAGCGAAGCCUUGUCGAGCAUCUUAUUGGAAUCCUAGCGAGCAUGUUGAGGUACCUGCCUGGAGGCUCCGCCGAAAGGAUACGCACUCUUGCUAAGUUCGUGGAAAACGACUACGAAAAGAUCACAAAGCUUGUCGAACUGCGGCGUGAAUACAAAACGAGAUUGAGUAAAGUGGAUGCGCACAUUCAAAGGGAACGACAAGACCUUAACGAAGCACAAGAGGAGGGACAGGCUGAUGAGUGGUUCUCACGGCGACUGGACGCUGGUCUCUUCUCACUUCAGGCAAUCGAGCUGAUCCUCAGCUGGAUGGUUGCUGAAGAUAACGGAGCAAGACAGACCAUCACUGUGCUCCUCGGUGAAGACGGCCUGAAGAUUCUCGAGCGGAGUCUGCGGGACCAACUCAACGGGAUGGAUCCUGGUCAGAGUGAUGAAGCAAAGGCUACGGAGGAGAUGCUGGAGGCAUUACUUUUGUGCGUGGAGCAAUGA